ACACUACUAUAGUCUAUACACUACUAGUCUAUAGUCUAUAGUAUCGGUCAACACAUGCGCUCAGUUUGUCUUUGCCUUCAUUACAGUCUUCAACAACUCAUACCAAUUCUUUUCGUAUAUUAAUUGUCGUAAAUUAAGACAUCAAUCAUUAGAGAUGGCAUUCAUGGCAUUGAACUCAUGUCAAAUGGGUCUGACCCGAGCACUGCUAUUGAGGGGACAAUCUAUCCGACCUGUAGUGAGUGCCGUCAAUAACAGUCCCGCAAUGAACGGUCAGACAUCAGUUCCGACCAACGAUAAGAUGGUUUGUCUUCAAUUGUUACGUCGUAUUCAUUCAACUGCUGUUCAACGAGAUAUCGAUAGUGCGGCCAAAUUUAUCGGUGCCGGUGCUGCCACUGUUGGUGUGGCCGGUAGUGGAGCUGGUAUUGGUUCGGUGUUCGGCUCACUAAUCAUUGGUUACGCUCGCAACCCAUCCCUUAAACAACAACUGUUUUCUUAUGCCAUUCUUGGAUUUGCUUUGUCUGAAGCCAUGGGUCUCUUCUGUCUUAUGAUGGCUUUCCUCUUAUUGUUCGCCUUUUAAUCAAAUCAUUUACAUAUUAAUUAUGUUUAAAAUUGAAUGAUUAGUUUUUAAGUAAUUAUUUUUGUUUGAAACAAUUUUUCAACAAAUUGUAAAAAUCGCGAUUUUUGAAUAUAUUAUAUUUGAUUUGAUUUAAUUUUAUUAUUAAAUAGAAAUUUUCAAAAUCUUAGGCACUUCUAAAAUAACCGAAAUUAAGUAAAAAUGUAAUAAAGUUUAGUUUUAAAAUUUAAUGUUUGCUUAACUGU